AUGGCUUCUCUGUUAGCAAGUCAGGGAUGUGUUCCCGAUACAUUCUCAUCUCUCUCACUGUUCGGCGCGGAGAUCCUCUCGAUCAGUGCUGACCCCGUCGUUGGCUUCAGCUACCCUGUCCUGGAUGGGUGGCGGUAUUCCCAACCGUCACAUGCUGUCGACAAUGCCACCUUCUGCAAUAUCACGGUGACAUAUACACAUCCUAACCAGGGUGACACCAUCAAUGCCGAAGUGUGGCUGCCUCUUAAAGACAAGUGGAACCAAAGGCUACAGGCUAUUGGUGGCGGAGGUUGGGCAGCCGGCCGUUUUGUACUGGCUUAUGCGGGAAUGGCCGGUGCUGUCGUUGAAGGCUACGCCACUGCAUCGACUGACGCCGGCGUGGGUGACUCGUCUCCAGCGGAAUGGAGUCUCGUGAGCGAAGGAAAUCUAAAUCUUGUCGACUUAGAUAACUUCGGACAGCGAUCAUUGGGUGAUCUAGCAGUCAUCGCCAAGAGUGUUGUUGAACAGUAUUACGGCAAGCCCGCAGACUACUCCUACUGGAAUUCCUGCUCAAACGGCGGGCGUCAGGCUGCUAUUCUCGCUCAACAGUAUCCUGAGGCUUACGAUGGUAUCAUUGCCGCAGCGCCAGGCCUAUUCUGGGCGGAGUUAGCCAUCAGUUCUAUCUGGCCGGCAGUCUUCAUGGAUCUGACAAACCAGUACCCGCGUAACUGUGAGUUGAAUCAACUUACAUCGCUGGCUAUCAAAGAGUGUGACAACAUUGAUGGUGUCGAGGACGGGCUUAUUUCAGAUCCUGAAGCCUGCCGAGCGAUCUUUAACCCCUGGAACUAUGUCGGUACUACUUUCCACUGUCAGGACAUUGAGGCUGUUCUUGAUAUGGAGAUUAGCCCUGCCGCUGCAUCAGUUGCUGAGGCUACCUGGAGCGGUGCAAAGUUUUCGAAUGGAGACUUCAUGUGGUAUGGCUAUGAAAUUGGUGUCGACCUGUCUACCGCUGCUGGAACAACUUGUAACGAAACAUGCGUCCCAGCUGGACGAUCAACUGCAGCUUUUUGGUACCUCGAGUAUGUUGAAAGAGAUCUCAAGGCGAACGUAACUACUCUUUCCCUCGCCCAAUUCGAUCAUUUAUACCUCACCCUCAAGAAGACCUUUGCUGGAUCUUUGGAAGCCGCGGAACCACGUAUUACUCGUUUCCAGGAAGCCGGUGGAAAGAUGAUCACGUUCCACGGCCUUGCGGAUCCCGCAAUCACACCCGGCAGCACUCUCCAAUACUACAAGUCAGUUUCGGAAUUGGUUUCGAAUGUUACCGACUUCUACCGCUACUACCGAGUUCCCGGUCUCGGCCACUGCUGGGGUGGCAACGGCGGUCAACCCGUACACCUUUUUGACCAAUUACGAGAAUGGGUGGAAAAUGGAACGGCUCCUAAUUCCAGUCCAGUCACGGUUAAACUGCCCACAAACAAGACUAUGGAUCAAAUUCUGUGCCCUUGGCCCAAGAAGGCUGUUGUGAAGCAGUCUGAACUGAACGGUACCUGGGCGUGCAACUGA